GCGCGCUUGUUGCCCCAUCAUUUCUUUCAUCGAUGCCGACGUCGCUUGUCGUGCAGUCGCAACGCAAACACCAACACCUUCCAGCUCACACUCUGGUCGCAGUUAAGCCCGCAGAGCUGACGCCUCGCAAGCCAAGACAAGCUGAUCACACAAGAAGCCCCCUUCCGUUCCCAAGCGAACAGACGACGUGAGACACAGACAGCAGGCAGCACCAUUACCCAAACUGCCAACAACAGUUCCACGCAACAGCUCUUGGCAUUCGAAACUUGCCGGUGAAUUUUUGAUCCGUCGGGACCUACCUGCCCCUCUCCAAACCCCCGUGCAUGUCGCGCAACAACAGCCCAGCCGCACCAACCCCGGAUCAGCGCCUGCAUCCAACUAUGGUUCCGGGCUUUACAGCCGCGUUGCGACAGCAGCAACAACAACAACAGCAACAGCCACACCUCAAUGGCCAACAACAGCAAGUUGUGCCAGAACAGCUUCUCAACGCGCUCAGCUUCUUUCAGCAACAGCAACAGCAGCGGCAGCAGCAGCAACAGCAGCCAUCCCAGUUGGGACUCCUCAGCGAUGUUGCGCGUCAAGCGGGCUGGUCCGGCAACCCCUUGAUGGCAUAUCAGCACCUCCUCGCCUCUUCUAUGUCACGCAAUAACGCCAUUGGCCAACAACAACAACAACAACAACAACAACAGCAACAGCAGCAGCAGCAACAACAGCCACAACAUCAGCAGCAGCCAUCCCCGUCCAUGGCCGCAAUCAUGUCCAGUAGCACGCCUGGUGCCGCCACUUUGGGCCAAGGGCAACAGCAGCAGGACCGGCCCGGUGGGGCUGAUCCGGCAACGGCACAACUCUGGCCAUACAACCCCCUAGCUUUGCGUCAGUUUGCUGCUCAACAACACCAACAGCCUCAACAGCAGCAGCCUCAACAGCGAUCCCAACAGCAGCAGCAGCCAUCGCAGCAGCAGCAGCUUCAGCCCGUGCUAGCGGCGCCCACGAGCAGCAGCAUGCCCCCUGCCAUGCCGGCGAUGCUGACUGGCCCCUACCUUCAGUCCAUGUUGGGCGGCACGGCCACAAGCUACACUUACGCCAUGCCUGGCACCCCGCACCUGCCCGCAGAGGCAAUGUCCUUGGGCAUGUAUGCCUACAGCCCUGAUCAGCAGCAGCUGCUUGCCAGCAUGCAGGCUAUGGCUGCGGCUGCGGCUGCGGCUACCAACUCGUCACCGCAGGGUAUGCCUGGCGCCCGGCGCAACAAUGUCAAGGACCUCACCUCCCAGAACAGGAGCGCCAAGUACCGCCGCCGCCGCAAGGAACUUCUUGACCAGGCAAAGAAGCAGGCAUGUGACUUGUACGACAUGUGCCACAUGGAAAAGAAUGCACUGAGCCCGGCCGACCUCGCAACCAUCGCAAAGAAAUUCGAGGAUGUGCUUUCUUGGCGCAAGGGCCACGACCCCUACCCUCGCAAACCGUACACUGAGCAGCAAUUUGAAAAGGAUCUUGCUGCUGAGGAUCCGGAGAUUGUGAAGAAGACGCGCCGCUCCCGCCUCAAGCGCAUCCUCAGCUGCCGCUUCUACCGCAAGGAGUGCAAGUCUGCAGAGACAGCGUGGAUGCUGCAUGUGCAGUCGCUGCACCAGUGCCUCGGCGCCAUCCGCAAGGCGCUUGGCGACACAACCCCGCUGCCCGCGCUGUGGAUCAAGCUGUCGUCGUCGGCGCAGCAGGCGUCUGGCAGCGACGAGCCCGGUGUUGCUGACACGGAUGCUGGCGAGGACGUGUUCACCCACGAUGAGCACGAGAGCCAUGCUGACGAAGACGAAGAAGACGAAGACGGCGACGGCGACGGCGAACGUGGUGACGCCGCGGGCUCUGAUGAUGGCGUGGAAGAUGGCGCCAACCGCCACAACGACCACCACCACGACGAUGGAGAUGACGGUGAUAUGCAAGGCAGCAGCGAUCCUGAUGAUGAGGACGACGACGACAACAGCAACACCAACACCGGGGGCACAGGGGUUUCCGCAGACGCGCCACGUGUCGUCGCUGUGGCAACGCGUGCCAAUGGUGGUGCAGUGGCUGGCACGCGUGUGGCUGCCAACAUGAGCACCACCAAGAUGCAGGCGCGAAGCGAAGAUGAGGACAGACCGACUCGCAGCAACAGCGCUGCCGCUGCCGUUGUUGAUGACGGUGACGAUGGCACGCUGCCAACCAAGCGCAUGAAGACGGAGUCGGGGGUGGGGACCCAGCAGUAGUAACCUGCCACCGUCGAAGCACGAGCAGCCCUCGAAGACAGGAAAUCAAGCUCCAAGACGACAAGCGGUGUGCCAUACGACUGCCGUACAUGCACACGCGUGUGCAAGCAUCUGCAAGCAUUCGCACACACAUGUACACACGACCCAGACUGUGGUUGUUGCUGUCACCUUCCAUGACAAUAUGAUUGAUUUCCUCUCCCAGCUGUUUUUGAUUAGCACUCGCUUUAUGGCAAUGAAUGAAUGUUGCUUGUUGAAUGGAUCAUCGUUGGUGCUUGAAUGCUGCUGGCGAUGGAUGUAUCUGCUAGCCAACUCAAGUGUUGUUUCAUACACACGUACGCACUUUCUCUUCUGCCUGUUUUCUUCCCUUUUGCCUCCUUUGAUGGUGUGUUGCCCUGUUCUUUUCUGUUGGUAGAAGCGCGUUUACGUUACCUUUCUUCCCUUUCGACACGCAUUCGUUCACUUCUUGUACGUGCACAUGUGUGUGCGUGUGUGCGUGUGUGCGUUGGUUUAGCGUAGUCAUUGAUUGAUGAUUGAUUGAUUGAUUGAUUUGGUUUGUGCUUUGCGUGCAUGGUGGCAAGUUUCCAUCUUGGAGACGAGACGUGCGUAUGACCGUGUGCGCGUGGGCGAACGUCACUGCACAGCACACAGCGUUGUCGCUCUCCUGUUGUUCAGCUGCCACUCUGUGCGUUGAUCACGGCCAUGCUGCAAUGGACGACAUUGCGUUUUUUCAUCGUCUUGCUUUCUUUCUCGUUUCAAUCGCGGUGAUGGUGGUGGGUUCCUGUUACCAGCACCUUUCUUCCUGCUCACCACCAUCACAUGCGCGUUGCUUUCGUUCCCUGGCCGUUCCUUUUCUUGGAGGCAUGCCUCAACCGCCUAACCCCAAUGAACGGGCGCGAAUGACUGGAUGAUGUGUGUGGUGAUGGUGAGGUGGGGGAGUGAGACGUGACA